AUGACAAACUUGUGCGAUCCAUCGUAUUUGAGGGAGGUCAUUUGGCUCAACCAAACUGGCCCGUUGCUUGGAGAGAUUAAAAGCCCAUCCCAAGAGCCUGCAAAGAAACUUCCUAAUGCCGCACGGAUCGCGUGGGAAAACUCUAAGUCCGUGACAGUUGGUAUCGGAGCUAAGAGGAUCGUGUCGUCUCUCGAGAAUUCCGUGGGGGAUAUCAAGGAGAGGAUUGAUAAUGUCGAUGAUAGCCUCCAUGAUGGAUUGCAGUUCAUGCAGGAGCAACUCAAAGUGUAUGUGACAGAUAAUGUGGAACAGUUGACUGGUAGAGAUGAUGCCAUUGAGGCUAUGGUGGCGGCCUUGAAAGGGGAGAUUGCGGAGCUCAAGGGUGAACUCACAAUCUAUAAGGUUGCUUUGGGCAAUGGUGGGUUAGCUGCCGUCGCACCCAAGCCCAAUAUUGAUGUUCCCAAGCCCAAGGAGUUCAAGGGAAUAAGGUCUGCAAGAGAUGUGGACAACUUUUUGUGGGGAAUCGAGCAAUACUUCUGUGCCAAAGGCAUCACGGAGGAUGUCACUAAGGUAACUACUGCUGCGAUGUAUUUAUCCAACGUUGCUUUGUUGUGGUGGUGUCGUAGGUCCACUGAUGUAAGACGUGGUGGGACCGAAAUCGGAACAUGGGAGGAGUUUCGAUGUGAGUUCAAAGCACAGUUUUACUCAGAGUAUGCCGAGGAUGAAGCUCGGGCAAAGUUAAGUCGGCUUGCGCAACAAGGUACUGUGAGGGAGUAUGUGCAGGAGUUUAGCGAACUUAUGCUCCAAAUCUCAGAUAUGGGGGAGAAAGAGGCAUUAUUUUCUUUCAUGGACGAAUUAAAACCGUGGGCGAAGCAAGAGUUACAACGCCGAGGAGUUCAAGAACUCACCAAGGUGAUGUCCAUAGCAAAAUCGUUUGCUGAAUUUGGUGGGAAGAAAGACAAUCCCAAUUCUUCUAAGCCCAGAUAUAAUCAAAAGGGUAAUAAUGGGGGAGAUAAAGAAAGGCCCACUAGGAACGGCAAUGGUAAGAAGCCUUGGGACAAGAAAAAGAGUGGGCCUAUAAGUUGCUUUCACUCUGAUGGUCCACAUAUGAUCAAGGAUUGCCCAAAAAAGGCCGCUCUCACGGCUAUGGAAGCAAAGGGGGAGUCCGAUGUGGAGGACAACAAUCAUGGUUCAAUACUAGGGGGUGUCAAAGACAGAAUGAGCCAUGGCGCUUCUGAUAUGUUCAUGUCCGAGGAGGCUGCUUGUAAAAUGGGCCUCAAUGUAGAUAAUGAAGUGGGUCGGAUCAAAACAGUGAACUCAGAAAGCAUUCCAAUCAAGGGGGUUGCAAAGAGAGUGGAUCUUCAGCUCGGCAAAUGGUCUGCGAAGGUUAAUGCUCUUAUUGCCUCUUCGAGCAAUUACAUGGUGAUUUCAGACACAAAACAUCAAUGCAUGGUGAAAGUGACAAGGAAAAGAAACUUUGAGGGAAAAACACUGUCAGCAAUUCAGUUUGCUAAAGGUGUACGGAGAAAUGAAGUUUCAUAUUUAGCAACCUUAAAGAUCGAAGAGACCGCUGAGUCUAUUACUGAGACCCCAAAAGAAUUGCCUAAAAUUUUGCCACCCAAGAGGGAGGUGGACCACAAAAUCGAGUUAGUGUCUGAUGUGGUGCCGCUAGCAAAGGCCCCCUAUCAUAUGUCUCCGCCAGAAUUAGAAGAGUUGCGGAAACAAUUGAAGGAACUUUUGGAUGCAGGAUUCAUUAGACCAUCUAAAUCCCCAUACGGUGCCCCAGUGUUGUUCCAAAAGAAACAUGAUAGGUCCUUGAGAAUGUACAUCAAUUAUCGAGAUCUAAACAAGAUCACUAUGAAGAACAGGUACCCUAUUCCUCUUAUUGUAGAUUUGUUUGAUCAGCUUGGUAGUGCAAGAUGGUUUACCAAGUUAGAUCUGAGAUCAGGGUAUCAUCAAGUUCGGAUAGCCGAGGGAGAUGAACCAAAGACAGCUUGUGUGACACGGUACGGUUCGUAUGAGUUCCUUGUGAUGCCUUUCGGACUCACAAAUUCCCCAGCUACAUUCUGUACCCUAAUGAAUAAGGUACUUCAACCAUUUCUUGAUCGUUUUCUGGUUGUUUACCUUGAUGGUAUUGUGGUGUAUAGCAAGUCUCUUGAAGAGCACAAGGGACACUUGAGGGAGGUGUUCCAAACUUUGAGGGAAAAUGAUAUGUUCAUCAAGGAGGAGAAAUGCUCAUUCGCCCAACAAGAGGUGUCAUUCCUAGGCCACAUUGUGGGAGGUGGUAAGAUCCGAAUGGAUAAGAGCAAGGUUCGAGCCAUUUCAGAGUGGGAGCCUCCAACCAAGGUAACGGAGUUGAGAUCCUUCCUUGGGUUGGCAAAUUACUAUCGACGCUUUGUCGAAGGCUACUCUAGAAUUACCACUCCUUUGACGGACAUGUUGAAAAAUGGGAAGGUAUGGGAUUGGAAACCGGAAUGUGAGAAGGCAUUUGAUCAAUUGAAGCAAGAAAUGACGAGGGAACCCGUACUUGCCUUGCCAGAUUUUGCAAAGCCUUAUGAGGUACGCACGGAUGAAUCAGAUUAUGCUAUUGGGGGAGUACUAAUGCAAGAUGGGCACCCAAUUGCUUUCGAGAGUCGAAAGCUUAAUGAGAUGGAGCAUAGAUAUACGGUCCAAGAGAAAGAGAUGACUACGGUAGUACACUACUUGGGCACAUUGAGACAUUAUCUAUUGGGUUCCAGGUUCGUGGUCCUUACCGAUAAUGUUGCCAAUAAUUACUUUCUAACCCAGAAAAAGUUGUCUCCCAAGCAGGCUCGUUGGCAGGUUUUACUAGCGGAGUUUGAUUUUACAAUAAAAUAUAAACCAGGAUGUGCCAACAUUGUGGCUGAUGCACUCAGUCAAAAGAUGAAAUUCGCAACAAUUAGUCAACCUGAUGGCUCUUUGUUGGAACGCAUUCGAGAGGGAUUGCUCCUUGAUCCCAAGACUAAAAAUUUGAUUGAGCUUGCCAAUGAGGGAAAAACAAGAAGAUUUUGGCUUGAUGGGGAGCUGUUAUACACUCAUGGACACCGCCUCUAUGUGCCCCAUUAUGAGAAACUCCGUAAGGAAGUCAUGAAUGAGUGUCAUGACUCGAAAUAG